AUGGGAUUCAUCGCUGAAGGAAAUACAUUGGGCUGGGAGGACUCGGAGAAGUUUAUUGAUUAUGUCAAGAAACAUGGAGUCCAACAGUUGUUGAAUAUUUGGAAGAAUAACAAGGAUAGAAUGGGCGAUAGUUUCAAAUGGGGAGAUGAGGUCGAAUAUAUUAUGCUAAACGUUGAUGAGAAUACGAAUGACAUUAAGUUGUCACUUCGCUCUCACGAGGUUCUUGCACAGCUGAUGCAGAAGGAGAAGGCUGAUCCACAAAAUGUUGAGUUCUUGUGGAGACCUGAAUAUGGACGCUUUAUGAUUGAAGGUACACCAGGCCAGCCAUAUCGGGGACUCGGUCGCCAAUUGCUUGGCAUCGAGGACAGCUUGGUAAAGAGAAGAGCAGAGAUAAACAACAAUCUCGGCCAGAAUGAGAGGAUCGUCACAAUGUCUGCAUACCCAAGGAUGGGUGCCCAGGACUUCACCGUGCCUACUGCAUUGCCCAAGGGCAACGUGGCCGAGUCGCAGUUCCUGCCAGACAGCGUGAUCAAUCCACACUUUAGAUUCAGCACAUUGACAGCCAACAUCCGCAAGCGUCGCGGAAAGAAUGUCUCGAUCAACAUCCCAAUGUUCCGCGACACCAAGACCGCACCAUAUCAGGACCGCCUGACCUACACAUCACCAACAAAGAACGAGAAGGAUCCAAUCAAUCAGCCCUACAACAUAUACAUGGACGCUAUGGGCUUUGGCAUGGGCGCAUGUUGUCUCCAGACAACUUUCCAGAUGUCCAACAUCGAGGAGGCACGCUCUGUCUAUGACCAAAUGGCUGUGAUGGCACCAAUCAUGCUGGCAUUGACUGCCACCAGUGCCAUCUUCAAGGGAUAUCUCUCGGACAUUGACGCCAGAUGGACGGUCAUCUCUCAAUCGGUCGACGACCGCACUGAGGAGGAGCUUGGACACAAGCCACUUCGUCGCAACAAGCACAUCAUCAACAAGUCAAGAUACGACUCAAUCGACAGCUUCUUGUCCAGCGGAUCAAUGCUCCGCAGCGAGUACAAUGACUUGCCCUUGGUGUAUGAUCGCGAAACAUACAACACAUUGAUCGAUGCUGGAAUGGACGAGAUCCUUGCCCGCCACUUUGCACACUUGUUCAUUCGCGACCCAUUGGUCAUCUACUCUGACAAGAUCGAGUUGGACGACACCAAGCACGCCGAUCACUUUGAGAACAUCCAGUCGACCAACUGGCAGACAAUGCGCUUCAAGCCACCUCCCCCAGGCUCAGACAUUGGCUGGCGUGUGGAGUUCCGUCCAAUGGAGGUGCAGCUCACCGACUUUGAGAACGCCGCCUACGCAGUGUUUGUCGCCAUCCUGAUGCGCGCCAUCUCUGACCUGAAGCUCAACUUCUACAUGCCCAUCACCAAGGUCGAUGAGAACAUGAAGACAGCGCAUCAUCUCGGUGCAGUUCUCAAUGAGAAGUUCUUGUUCCGCAAGAACAUCCGUCAGUCAAUGUCGAGCGGACCAGUCGAGGAGGAGUACGAGCCAAUGACCAUCAAUGAGAUCUUCAAUGGAAACAGCAAUGGACAGUUUGCCGGUCUGAUCAAUGUUCUCCGCGACUAUGUACGCACUCUCAACUUUGACUCAGAGACUUCGACAUUGGUCAACAGAUACUUCUCACUCAUCUCCAAGCGUGCCAGUGGCGAGCUGCAGACCAUGUCAGCAUGGACCAGACAGUUUGUCCAGAGCCAUCCAGCCUACCAACAGGACUCUGUCGUCUCUCAAGAAAUCCAAAACGAUCUCCUCCAGCGUUGUAUCGAAAUCACCAAUGGUACCGUACAGGAGCCAACAUUACUUGGAGACCUCUAUUGA